AUAAGCACAUGGAUUCACAACCAGAGGCAUUGGGUGCAAAUGUGAGCAACACCAAAGAUGUGCCAACUUCUUCUUCAUCUAGAAAGAGAGGCCCUACUAAGGGUGCUUCUUUACAUGUGCAAUCUGAUAGGAAAAAAGUCCUUAAGACGAAUGAAUUCGGGCAACCGAAUGAGGACAGUCCCAAUCAUAAAGACUUUGCAUCACAUAUCGGUGUCCUAGCCCGUGCUCAUAUCCCGAUCAUAUACGAGGACUUUCGCCAGGUGCCUUAUGCACACAUUCAAAAGGUCAUAGAAACAUUGUCACUAUUUUAUGAGUAUGAGGGUCGAAGUUGGGAUGCAGGUGUUUGGUACAUAACACAACGCAUCAAUGAAACAUGGAGAAAUUAUAAGAAAAGGUUAACUAAAAAAUAUAUAAAAAACAACGAUCCUAUAGUUGUUAGAGAUAGUCCUGCCCCCCCAGGUGUCCUUAUGGAGGAUUGGAGGAUCUUUGUGGAUCAACACAACACCGAGCAAUUCAAGAAAGUAAGUGCAAGGAAUAAAGUCAAUCGGGCAAAGCUAAAAGGACCUGCGUGUCUUGGGAGGCGCAGCAUGGCUGUUACUCGCCAUCAGAUGGCGAUGGAGAGGAAUCUUACCUCUGAUGCCGAGAUAGGUAUAGGUGAUGUCUACUUAAGAGCCCAUACGAGCAAGGACAAAGUCAUCCAGUAUCCUGACCUUGUUCAAAAACUAGAUGAGCUUUAUAGUAGCAAUCCUACUUCUAAGAUGACCGGCGUUAACGAUGCCCUUACACAGUUGGUUGGUUUUGACAGUAGAGGGCGAAUGCGUGGUUUGGGUUGCUCGAUAAGCAAAACAGGACUGAAGAAUUCAACCCCUACCCGUUCAAAGCUACAUAAUAUGGCAAAAUAAAAAGAAGGCCUAGUGUAGGAGAUAUUAGAGAUAAAGAAAUCAUUAGUUGAUAUAAAGUCUUGGGUGGGUAUGCAUCAAGAGGCAUAGUCUGGUCAAAACCUCCCAUCACCACCAGUGGCUAAAUCUACUC